CCCUGGAAGCGCUGCCCCCUGUGUGAGGCCCCGUAGCAGGCUGCAGUUGGUACCUGCCGGCCUCGCAGCCGUUGGCAGCACUGACUGCGUGCCACAGCCCAGGCGUCUGUCGCAUUUGUAGCGAGUCGUGUCCAGUGUGACGUUCUGCGUUGGGAUUUCGUGCUGGUGUUUCUGCGCCGAGAAUUUCUUCUGCUACACCCACACCCUUAAUAAGGACCACCCACCAUGUCGGCAGUUACGGAGGUUCAGAACAACACAACCGAGGCCCUGGCCGCCCUGGUAGAUGGGGGUGAAGACGCCCUGGUGACACUAGUGGCGGGCGAGACGAGGGUGGCGGCUCACAGGGCGGUGUUGGCAGCCGCGAGCCCCGUCUUCAAAGCUAUGUUUGCGCACGACAUGCUGGAGGCCAGCUGCGGCCAGGUGAGCAUCGACGACGUGGAGGGCCCGGUGCUGAAGCUCCUGGUGGCCUACACGUAUACCCUGCGGGCCCCCCAGCUGCCCGACACGGCCCCCCAGCUGCUGGCGGUGGCCGAUAAGUACGGCUUGUCGGCCCUGAAGGCUGCCUGCGAGCGGCAGCUGAUCUCGCAGUUGGCCGUAGAGACCGCAGCGGCGACGGCCGUCACGGCAGUGAGGCACUCGUGCCCGGACGCCACGAGGGCUGCCAUCGCCUUCAUAAAGGACCACCUGCAGGUGGUGGCCACGCGGGGCUGGGCGGACGCUGUGCUCGAGUACCCGCAAGAAGUCAACCAAGUCAUCCGUCAACUCCGUGAGCCACCAGCAGAAGCCAGCUCGCCGACCGCCACAGGGGGCGGGUCCACCCCCAACUCUGACAGUCAACCCCACAGCGGCCACAGCCGGACUCCUGCUGCAGCUGCGCCUCCCACGUCUGCCCGACACACCCCUCCACCCGAUGACGCAGCCGUCUCUCGCUUCCGGAGCCUUUCUGGGGAAGAGCGAGGCAGGAGGCUGAUAGAGGCGGCUGUGGUGCGGCUGCUGCUCUCUGUGGCGUCCCACCCCAACGUCAGGGAUCACAGGGGGUGGACGCCGCUGCACUGGGCGGCAUACUAUGGCCACGCAGAAGCGGCGGCUGCGUUGCUGCAGGCCGGAGCCGACAGGGGGGCGACGACUGAUUACGGGUGGACCCCCCUGGACAUCGCCAGGCAGUACAACCGUCACCAUCUCAUCGAGAUGCUGACGGAGCAUUAAUACGCGCCACUAGAGGAAAUGUCAUCAUGUACUUCAUUCUACAUGAUAUUAAA